CACGGUCCUGAGCGCCCCUCGUUCCAUCCUUCUCUUUGUAACUGUAUGGGCGUAGGCAGAUCAUUCCGACGGGUCGCUGCUCAAAGACAAAAAGAAAAGAGCGACGUGUGUGUACGACCUCGCGGCAGAGGAUCAUCUCCCAUCCCUCAUCGCCACAGGGUGACGCUUUCCCUCGACAGACACGUGCACCGCGCUCUCUCGCCUCACCUUCACCAUCCUUUGCUUGUACAUCCACACGCGAGGCGCUUGUUGGGUUGGCUCCCGUUGGAGCAUCGGUCCCACUCUCGUCGACCCCUCUGCUGAUUGCCGCACAAGCACCCAGAACCACCAUCAUCCAUCCCACGCAAGGCGGCAAGCAACCAUGCUCGCAUCCGUCCCAGUCACCCGUUGCGCUGCACGGACCGCCACCUCCGCUGCGUUGGCAUCUGCAUCGGUAAUGACACCUGCAUCUCUAUGUCGUCGCUCGAUUCGAUCGCUGCACAUUGCCAAAUCUCCCCGUGCCGCCACGACGCUGCGUUCCUCGCGUCCCAACCUCCGUUGCCACCUCGCAAGCGUCGCUGGCACUCAGAAUGCCCCUAAGCUUGGCGCAGCAGAAGUCUCCCGCUCCCUCUUCGCACCCCUUGACUCUUUUAGGGAAAGGCAUCUCGGACCGCGGGAGAAAGACACUCACUUCAUGCUGGAGACAUUGGGCUACAAGGACCUUCAGGCUUUCAUCGCCGAUGCCGUUCCUCAGAACAUCCGCCUCGACACCUCCGUCGAGUCUCCAGAAUCUAUGCGGCCCCUGUCCGAAAAUGAGCUACUCCGCCGGGGCGACGAGAUUGCCUCCCAGAACAAGGUCUUCAAGUCUCUUAUCGGCAUGGGAUACCACAACACUUUAGUCCCUCCCGUCAUUGCGCGAAAUGUGUUGGAGAAUCCGGGAUGGUAUACUUCGUACACGCCUUAUCAAGCAGAGAUCUCGCAAGGCCGUCUUGAGUCCCUCAUCAACUUUCAAACUAUGAUCAAGUCGCUCACCGGACUAGACAUUGCCAACUCCUCUCUUCUUGAUGAAGGAACAGCGGCCGCAGAGGCUAUGAUUCUGGCAUACGGCCAGUCGCGCAGCCAGAAAAAGACCUUCCUCGUCGACCACGGCGUCCUUCCACAGACCCUUGCUGUCCUCCGGCAGAGGGCCAAAGGGUUCGGCAUUAAGGUUGUCGUCACCAACCUGCGUACGCCAGAGGGUUGGAGGCUGCCGACAGAGGAGGAGGUGCCACGCGAUGAUGUUAUGGGCGUUCUCGUCCAGUAUCCUGACGUCGAUGGCCGCAUCGUCGACUGGGCCGCUCUCGCAGCGGAAGUCAAGAAGACUGGCGCUCUCGUUGUCGCUGCUACGGAUCUCCUGGCUCUCACCAUGAUCAAGCCUCCCGGUGAAUGGGGGGCCGACAUCGCUCUCGGCAAUGCCGCUAGAUUCGGUGUGCCUCCAGGCUAUGGAGGCCCUCAUGCUGCCUUCUUUGCCGUUUCGGAUAAGCUCAAGCGCAAGAUUCCCGGCAGACUGAUCGGUCUCAGUCGGGACGCCCAGGGCAAGCCAGCAUAUCGUCUUGCUCUGCAGACCAGAGAGCAGCACAUUCGCCGGGAGAAGGCAACAUCAAACAUCUGCACCGCCCAGGCCCUACUCGCCAACAUGAGCGCCAUGUAUGCCAUCUACCAUGGGCCGGAUGGCCUUCGUCGCAUUGCCGCAAAGGUCCACGCCCUCACGCGCUUGCUCAAGAAUGAACUCACAGCUAUCGGUUUCCGCGUCAUCAACAAGGACGGCGCUUUCUUCGACACGCUCACAAUCGACCUCGCCAACUCGUCCGUCGGAGCGGUCCACGUCCAUGACGAAGCCAACAAGACAGGCAUCAAUCUGAGGCGCAUCUCAGACAACCGAGUCGGCAUCAGUCUUGACGAGACAGUCACCAUUGAAGUGCUUUGCGACAUCCUCAACGCAUUUUCCCUCGCACUCAAGCCGAGUUUCGAUGGCAGCGCACCAUACAUGCCUGCAGAUCUUCUCGAGCUUGCGUCUCGCCUGGGUCUAGAUGCGAGCAGCGUCGAGACGCUCACCAUCUUUACACCUCCCGCUACGGGCUCGAACAGCAAAGUCGCUGCCACAGUCGACCUCUCGCGCAAGAGUAAAUUCCUCACGCAAGAGGUCUUCUCCAUGCACCGGUCCGAGACGCAGAUGCUGCGCUACAUUCACCACUUGCAGUCCAAGGACCUCUCCCUCGUUCAUGCGAUGAUCCCACUGGGAUCCUGCACGAUGAAGCUCAACGCAACCUCCUCGAUGAUGCUUUUGUCCAAACCAGAAUUUGGGGCCUUGCAUCCUUUCGCUCCCGAGGACCAGUCCAAAGGGUACAGUGUGUUGAUCCGAGAGCUCGAGCGCGAUCUUCGCGCGAUUACUGGGCUUCCGGCUGUGUCAUUACAACCAAACUCUGGCGCCCAAGGCGAGUUCGCUGGCCUUUCUGUCAUACGUGCCUACUUGGACAGCAUUGGUGAAGGAAAACGGCACAUUUGCUUGAUCCCCAAUUCCGCCCAUGGCACGAACCCUGCAUCGGCCAUCAUGGCCGGCAUGCGCGUAGUCGCCGUCAAAAAUGCCGACGAUGGCACGCUUGAUCUCGACGAUCUGCGUGCCAAGGCUGAAAAGCACAAAGAGGAGCUUGCCGCCUUUAUGGUCACCUACCCCAGCACGUACGGGGUAUACGAGGAGAAGAUCCAGGAAGCUUGCGAGAUCAUCCAUGAGAACGGCGGCCAAGUCUACAUGGAUGGUGCGAAUCUCCAAGCUCAGGUCGGCUUGACUAACCCGGCGAGGAUCGGAGCGGAUGUCACGCAUCUCAACCUGCACAAGACUUUCUCUAUCCCACAUGGCGGUGGAGGACCUGGCGUGGGUCCGAUUUGCGCUGCUGAACACCUCGCUCCCUUUAUGCCCGGACAUCCCUUGGCAAACGUCGGCGGAGAGGCAGCCAUUGAUCCGAUCUCCGCAGCCCCGUAUGGAUCAGCUUCCAUCUUAACGAUCGCUUGGGCCUACAUCCGACAGCUCGGAUGGGAGGGCCUCCGCGAUUCGUCCGCCAUUUCGAUGCUCUCCGCCAAUUACAUGGCGCAACGUCUAGCGCCACACUACAAGCUCCGUUUCUCGAACUCUAAGAACAGGGUCGCCCACGAGUUUUUGCUCGACCUGGCCGAAUUCGGCAAACACAUCUCCGUUACGGACGUUGCCAAGAGGCUGACUGAUUACGGCUUUCACGCGCCCACCUGCUCAUGGCCCAUUUCAACUGGGUUGCUCAUCGAGCCUACAGAGUCAGAGUCGCUGAUGGAGAUUGAUCGAUUCUGCGAUGCAAUGAUCGCGAUUCGAAAGGAAAUUCAGGAUAUCUUUGACGGCAACGCCGAUGCCAAGGACAAUGUGCUCAAGAAUGCUCCACACACCAUCGAAGUCUUGGCCGGAGACUGGACUCACCCCUACUCUCGCGAACAGGCGGUCUACCCUGUGCCUGAGCUACGACAAAUCAAGCAAUGGCCAAGUGUUGGCAGAAUCGACGACGCAUACGGCGACUUGAAUCUAAUCUGCGAAUGCGGCUCCGUUGAAGAGUAUGCGUCGUAGAGCUUUGAUGCAGAAAAUUUUUCAUCAAGUGUUUCUAUAACAUCACCGCUGCAUGCAUCAUUCAACUGUAUUCUAUAAAUUACAUUUCACUUCAAC